UUGUGCAUGCGUAAAAGUUCUGCGUUCUACGCAUGUGCGUUCCUACAAGCCGCAACGAGGCCGACGUGAUAGUGUCAUCAAAUUUUUGUGAUUUUAUCACAUAAUGGGACGUUACUCUCAAGAACCGGUAAACGCGGCGAAAUCGUGCAAAGCACGAGGUUCCAGCCUGCGAGUACACUUCAAGAACACACAUGAAACAGCACGAGCUAUUAAGAAUUUGUCUCUGCGAAGAGCACAGAAAUAUUUGAAAAACGUGAUCGAGCAUAAGGAAUGUGUCCCAUUCCGGAGAUUCAAUGGUGGUGUUGGUAGAUGUGCUCAAGCUAAACAGUUUGGCACUACACAAGGUCGUUGGCCCAAAAAAUCUGCAGAAUUUUUACUGCAACUAUUGAAAAAUGCUGAAAGCAAUGCUGACGUUGAUGGCCUAGACCUUGACCGUCUUGUGAUCAAUCAUAUUCAAGUAAACCAAGCUCCAUGUUUACGCAGAAGAACAUACAGAGCUCACGGACGCAUUAAUCCGUACAUGAGCUCGCCUUGUCACAUUGAGGUAAUUCUAACUGAAAAGGAAGAUUUCGUGGUAAAAAGCCCAGAAGAAGAGCCAUCGAAAAAGAAACUUAGCAAGAAGAAGCUUGCUAGACAGAAGGAAAAGAUGAUGAGAGAAUAAUUUUAAAUUAUAACUGAAUAUUGCACCACAAAACAGACGGCGUUCAAAAUCACUGACCGUGAUUUUUCACGGUAAUCACAAAAUCACGAUCACGACUGGUGAUUGAGUAUAAUCACGACCGUGAUCGUGAUUUUCUAUAGUAGCCUUGCUAUAAUCGUGAUAUUCAUAUCCAUUUCAUAGCUGCUAAAAUAACCUGAAAUACCUUUUAAAACAAUUACUACUUAGUUUAGAAAACGG